AUGAACGCGGCUUCGGGCGUGCGCGUGAUGGCCGGCGGCUGCCGCCUGAUGGGCGUUGCGCUGGUCGUGGACGACAUCAGCAAGGGCUGCAACCUAGCCUUCCGGUACCCGGCGCCCCCCGGCGAGAGCGCGUCCAGCUUCCACACGCUGCCAGCGCCGCUGCUGGCCAAGCUCUUCCGGCCCAAGAACGCGCUUUGCAACGCCAGCUUCGAGCUCGUGGUGGACGACCUGCGCUUCGUGAGCCACCCGGUGCUGGUCUCUCGUCGGCUGCCGGCCGCUGCACCCGCCGACGGGUCGUCCUCGACUCCACCUACAGUUAUAGAGCAAUCUGCUUCGAACGGCACGACGGCAUCAACCGGCAACGAGACCACCAUGUUCAACAUCAUCUUUGCUCUAGAAGACCGUCCUCCCCAAGUGUCGAGACCCGCUGAAGCCAUGGACGGCACAAUUGAUCCCCAAUUACUGCCAUUGCAACAGGCCGAUGAGGAGGAACUAUUGGCCAGGAGACGCAGCAGCGCCCAGGCCUUCCACACUGUCGCGGCGCAGCUGGCCAAUGGCCUUUUGCACGAGGAACUUCGAGUCGGCUUCGUGUCCAAGGAGGUGAGGGAGCUGCUGCAACUGAGGGACGAGUUGGCGCAGAGUGAGCAACGUAAUGCUGGGGGGAGCAGUACUGGGAUUCCAGGGGUGACCAGUGGCAACAGUAUCAGUGCUGCGGUGGCGGCGGGGGCGACGAGUGGGAGCAGUAUCACGAGCAAUGCUGGAGGAGGAGGGGCAGCUACCAGUGGAUCGAGCUUGAUGCAUCAUCAUCACCAUCGGAAGGACGGGGAGAACGGGUCGUCGACGGUGGAGGUGGACCCGCAGACUUUGAUCGACGUGUCGCUGGGCAAGAGCGUGCUCGCCAAUGACUUGAAGCGCGUGUUUCAUGGACUGGAGGAGUCGGGGGCUGCUCACGUGGUGCUGAAUGGCUGGGUCAAGCUGUCGUUGACGCUGACGGAUGCGGUCACGGUGAGGAUGGCGAGUUUAAGGCCGUACCACACAUUGUUGUUGCUUACGGACAAGGAGGAUAUUCUGAGCAAGCUGCCGGCUGAUCAUGCGCGACAACUUCGAGAUCUGGUGGAGGCGGUGAACCCGCUCAAGAGCUUCCAGGACCUGGCACUGGAUACUGGAAUACCUAUUCACCAGGUCUUCCGUCUAGCUGCGCACCUUGUAUAUUGGGGGUUUGGACGUAUCGUGGACGCAAUCACGCUGUACAACAUUUACCAGGUCAACUCCAAGGCAGAUCUGCACAUUACGUCACCGCUGGCACAGGAAUUCCGGCGUAAGUUCGCGCCCUAUGAACUGGGCGAGGUGCUGUCUACGUUCUCUGGAUCGAGGCGAAUUGGCGAGUACAUGAAGACGUUGUCGACGGCCAAAAAGACCGAGUACAUCCACAUGCUGAUCUGGUUACUGCAGCAACGCUUCAUUGUACAGCUCCAUCGCUACAUUUAUUUCAUGAUUCCGUCCGAUGGAGACUACGCGGCUGAGCUCGGUAAUGGAGCCGGAAACUCCCUGGGAAGUUCGUCACCCGCCCUAAUGGCAUCAAGUUUUCGUCGACAGCGAGUCAACAGUAGUGCGACCAACACUAGCGCACCUGGCAGCGUGCCUAGAGCACAGACUCCACCGAUGAAUCCCGCCGCUAUGGCACUACCGUCACCUCCGACUGCUCCAUUGGGCGACGAUAAUCCUGCUGCAGAUGGACGUGGAGGAAACAAUGUGCCGAUGGCCCAAGUUAUGAGUGUGGCGAGUCAGUUGUUGUUUACAGAUCAAGAGCGCGCAUACCUGGCCAAGAUUGCCAAGCCCAACCCGGUGUUCACUCUGUUCAAGCGGCUCUGCGUCUACUUCCAUGGAGAAAACCACAUUGAAGAGAUCAUGUGGAGAGAGAACCUUUCGCGCGGAGAGCUGCGCACUGUCAUGAGCACGUACCAGGAUAUCAUUGUUUGCUGUCUCCACGAAUGA